CGACCUUGAUGGUCGGGGAACCACUGACCGAUUGGUGCUUCAAAAAAAAAAAAAACACCAAAUGGACAAACAUCGGCAAUUAGCUUCACGUUUGGAGUGCAACUCCAAAGUUGAAGUUUAGAAAACAGGCUGGAAUACUCAAACCUUUUGUGGGUCUGUCUUCCGCAGGGAAGCUACAAAAUCCUUUUCACAUCUAAAUGUUGCCGUCAGAUGUGCUGAAAGUCAUCGUGGGGGAAGACCGUCAGAGGGAGUGGAGCUCCCGGGAGUACUGGGAAGUACCCCAGGCCCUCUGCGUUAAAGAGGAGGAGGAGGAAGACACCGUUGACGAAUUUCCCAACCAUAGAGACCAAAGCGACUCGGACGAGCGAGCCAACUCCGAUCACCGUGAUUCGGAAGCGGAUGCCGGCAAAAAGCGCUUGAGCUGCUCGCAGUGCCGCCAGAGCUUCGACAACAAGUACCGGCUGGUGCACCACACCAGGACGCACACGGGCGAGCUAAUCAUCUGCGCCGUGUGCGGCAAAAACUUCUCCAGCAAGAGCAACCUGCGCACGCACAUGAGGACACACUCUGGGGAGAAACCCUUCACUUGCUCUGUGUGCGGCAAGGGUUUCUCCGUCAAGAGGUACCUGGUGUCCCACACGAGGACUCACACCGGAGAGAAACCUUACCCCUGCUCCGUUUGCGGCUCGGGCUUCAGCUACCGCAUGUCGCUGGUUCUCCACAUGAGAACGCACACUGGGGAGAAACCAUUCUCCUGCUCCGUUUGCGGCAAACGCUUUUGCCAGAAAGGACAGCUGAGAGCGCAUAUAAGGACGCACACCGGGGAGAAACCCUUCCCCUGCUCCUUUUGCGGAAAGACUUUUUCUGAGCGCGGACACAUGAUCUCGCACGUGAGGUCGCACACGGGGGAGAAACCACACCCGUGCUUGCUGUGUGGCAAAACCUUUGCCACCAAGAGGAAUGUGACUGUCCAUGCCAGGACUCAUACCGGCGAGACGCCAUUCGGCUGCAGCCUUUGUCACAAGAGAUUCCCGCACAAGUAUCAGAUCACAAGACAUAAGUGCACUGACACGCAGUAGCCAAGCCAGAGAGUUCUGGGAAAAUCCCAUCCCAGAGAUCUGGUAAAACUGACAAAUGUUUUGUGUGUAAUUCCUGGCUUUAAUGUUUAUUCAUUAUAUACUGUACAUUUU